AUGACAAUUAAUAAAGAAAACGACGGUAAUUCUUCGUCUUCAAAAAAUCAGUCAACACAGAUAGCUAUCAUAACCGAUAAUACUGCAACUAGUGCAAAUAAUUCAAGCAUGCUGAUUAGUGACGAGAAUACCAUCACUAUUGAAAAUGAUACUUCUCGUCACAACAUCGAGAACACUAGCGAAAAAAGUCGAUUUGAUUCUCAGGAAACUAUUGUCGUUUUACCGCCCGAACAACACGAUCAAGAGACAACAACACAACAAACCUGCAAUUAUAACUUCUUUUCAAGAAUAUCACAUCAAAGAAAAAACUUCGGAUACCUUAUUUUGUUCAUUGUGUUUGGUUUAUGCAUUGGAAGCAUAAUUGAAAAAUCGAUUAAUUAG